AUGAACGCAAAUAAUCCCGACGGUGGCAUGUCUGUUGAGGCAGAUCUUCUCGAUGAGAAGCUUGCCAAGAUCAGAACGCAGGUCAAUUCGAAACUUGAGAACCAGAAGAGCUUGGCUCUUAUUUUAUCUGCCGUGGAAGAGAACAUCACCGAACAGAACAACGAAAAAUCCCCAGUGGCCUACUUUGUUUCCUUCCUUUCCUUGCUUGAGCUGUCGGUGGCCGAUGACGAGAUCGUCGACUCGAACGUGGCUACCGCUGCUGCAUACUUCUUGGAUCUUGUGGUCCCUGCUACUCCAGCUGCCCUUUUAAGACAAAAAUUCACUCAGAUCCUUGGAAAGUUGGCCCCAGUGUUGUCCAACGAAGAGGCUGGUGCUCCUCUUCUCAGAUCCGCAGUUGGCGCCUUGGAAGGCCUUUUGUUGGCUCAAGACCACAGGCUGUGGCUGGCUUCAGGUAAUGUCUCACCCAAAAGAGCCAUGGUUGGUUUGCUAGAAUUGUCUUUUGACCCCCGCCCAAAGGUGAGAAAGAGAGCCCAGGAUGCGGUCCAGAAAGUCUUGUCGAAUCCUCCAGCAUCUCCAUCUCCUACGCAUGUUGCAGCCGGUCUCUGUGGAGAAUUGGCUUUGAAGAGAUUGUCAGGCCUUCUUUCUGAGGCACCAAAGAGUAAAAGACCAGAAAAGAACAAGGAGCUGAAUGCUACUAUUAUCCACUGCUUGCAGCUCAUCACAGCCAUCACAUCUGCCAACGCUUGGCCUGCUAGCCAUGUUGAAACUCUCUGUGACGCUUUGCUCGAAGUGUCUAAAACAUCUGACCAGUACUUGGUCUCUUCUGCAUUUGCUGCCUUCAACGGCUUGUUCAUGUCCAUGACCAACGAAAUUGAUACCGAAAAAUUCACUCGUGUGCUUGACAUUAUCUUUGACUUGAAACCUCCAGUGGAUGAUGCCCAUUUGGCUGCUUCCUGGCUUGCUGUAGUGGCUAAGGGCACAGAGUGUUUUGCCAAGAUUCUGCCCGAUCUUUCCGUGAAGAUGAUCCAGAAACGUUUCCCUGUCGUUGCUGACUUCCUUGCUUCUGAGAACAAGGAUAUCUACACCUCUGCUUCCCAGUGCAUGAUCGCCAUUCUCAGCGAGGGCUUGCCAGACAGCUUCUUGCUCCAGCCUAAUGCCGAAUACAACAUUACUCCAGAAAUCUACGAGGAGGUUGACGACAUGAUCACGGAAAUCGUUGAGUUUAUCGAGAAAGAGCUCUUCUCCAUCAAAUACCAGCAUGCCACGCGAGUGGUGCUUGAGUUCUUGACUGCAGCUGUUAUCAAGCUCAGAACCAGAGCCAACCCUGACUUCCUUUCCAUUCUCAGAGUCGUGGGCGAGUGGAGAUCUAACGAAGACACUAACUUCCCAUACAACAAAGAAGCCGAAGACUUCAUCGCAGCAUGUAUCACCAGCAUGGGCCCUGAGGCUGUUUUGAGCGAGCUUCCUCUCAACCUCACUGGUUCCAAUAACGGUGAACCUGGUAGAGCCUGGCUCUUGCCAAUCUUGAGAGACAAUGUUCGUUUUGCUUCUUUGCAGAACUACAAGCAGAACAUCUUGCCUCUUGCCACUGUCUUCGACGAAAAGGUCGCUGAAGCUCCUAACAAGGAAGCCAUGCAUAUCAAGAUUUUCCAGACCAUCAUUGACCAGAUCUGGUCUUUGCUUCCGCACUUCUGUGACUUGCCCAAUGACUUGCGCAAGGCUUUCGAUACAGAGUUCGCCGGUACCUUGAGUGACUUGCUUUAUUCUAAUGUCGAUCUGAGAACUACCAUCUGUCACGCUUUGCGUCUUCUCGUGGAGUCCAAUCUUGCCUACAGCAAGGGUGCUCUUUCAGAUGACCCAUUGAUGUUGCAGAACUUCUCUGUCGAAGAAGCUCAAGAGAACUUGAAGUACUUGUCUUCUUUGGCCAACAACCUUAUCCUGGUCCUCUUUAAUGUCUACGUCAACACCCUCGCAGAGGCCAGAGGUUACAUUUUGGAGACCAUCGACAUCUACUUGCAGAUCUUGCCUGCUGAAGAAUUGCAAAGCUUGUUGGACAAGGUCUUCGGUCACCUUCACACUGCCAUUCAGAUGGACGAGGCCGAACCUCAGCAGAAUCAAAAGAAGGACCAGCCUCCUCCACAGAGUGUUUCCAUGAUGGACCUUGUGGUUGCCAUGGCCAAGUAUGCACCAGAGGCAUCUUACAAUGGUCUUUUCAAUGUCUUCGUUUUCGGUGUCAAGAGAGAGAAUAAUGUCAACAUCCAAAAGAGAUCGUACAGAAUCAUCAGCAAGCUCAACGAGUCUGAGUCUGGCCAAAAUGCUCUCAAGAUGUUCAUUUCCGAUAUCGAAAAUGUUUUCAUUGAAACCAUUAGCACCACUCAUACCUCCUCCAGAACGAACAGAUUGGCUGCACUUCAAGUCGUUAUGGAGAUGCUUCCAGAGACUGACUUGCACUUCAUUCCCGCCAUUUUGCAAGAAAUCAUCAUGUCCACCAAGGACGUCAACGAGAAGUCUCGUGAGUCAGCUUUUGGUCUUUUAAUCCAAAUGGGUCAAAAAAUGGGCGAAGGCGGUGUCAUCAGAAACAAUAUGAUUCCUGACUUUGGUCCUGAUGCCGAACCAUCCCAGGCCAGUUUGACCGAGUACUUCACCAUGGUGAGUGCCGGUUUGGCGGCUCAAAGUCAGCACAUGAUUUCUGCUACCAUCACUGCUCUUUCAUGCUUGAUGUUUGAAUUCAAGGACCGUUUGCCUCAGGAAACUUUGGUUGAGCUUGCAUCCACCGUUGAGUUGUUCUUGACGCACAACUCCAGGGAAAUUGCCAAGUCUGCUAUUGGAUUUGUGAAGGUUGAGGUUCUCUCCUUGCCUGAGGAGCUUGUGCGUGCCAACUUGUCUGAGUUAUUGACCAAGUUGAUGAGAUGGUCUCACGAGCACAAGGACCACUUCAAGUCCAAGGUGAAGCAUAUCGUGGAGAGAUUGGUGAGAAAGUUUGGUGCUGAUGAAGUUGAAAAGGCCAUGCCGGAGGAAGACAGAAAGCUUGUUGCCAACAUCAGAAAGACGAGAAACAGAGCCAAGAAGCAGAAGGAUGAGGGUGAGGACGCUCAGGAGAAGCAAGGCAAGAAGUUUAUGUCUGCUUACGAGGAGGCCAUUCACGACUCUGAUUCUGAAGAUGAAGAGGAAGAGGAGGACAACUCCAAGUCCAAGAAGAGAGGCAAGGGUGGUGACAUGUACAUUUUGGAGGACAACGAGGAGCCUCUUAACUUGUUGGACCGUCAAACCUUGGCCCACAUCUCUUCUUCCAAGCCUAAGAAGUACACCAAACAGGACUUGAAGAAGCACCAGGUGGAGAUGAAGAACGGUAAGGUUGUGUUCAGGGAUGAUAACGAGGCCGACCCAUUGGCCAAGGAGGGCUCAGGUAUCGACGCUUACUUGGAUGCCGUGAAACAGGCGCCAGUGAGAGGCCAGAAGAACAAGUUGAAGUUCAAGAAGAACAAGGACGAAGACAACUGGUCCGAUGAUGAAGAGGAUGUCAAGAAGCCUGUCAAGAGCAACAAGACUUCUGGCAAAGGUGGCCGAGUGGGCAAGCCCAAGCAGAAAUUCAAGGCCAGAAAAAAGCUUUGA